AUGAAAAGCUUUCAGCUUGAAGAUGGCUCAAGGAAAUCAGAAGAAAUGAGAUUCAAAAAAGCUAUUGGAGGGUUACUUUACCUCACUCACACAAGGCCAGACUUGGUCUUUGCUAUUAGCUUAGUAUCCAGGUAUCUUCACAACCCAUCAAAGCAUCAUAUGGGUGUUAUGAAGAGGAUUCUCCAUUAUGCUGCAAGAACAAUAGACUUUGGACUUCCAUACCAUCAUGUUGAUGAAUUCAAACUCGUUGACCAUGUGGAUAACGACUGUGAUGGGUCCUUAGAUGAUAGAAAGAGUACAAGUGGAUGGGUUUUCAGUUUGGGCUUGGGAGCCAUUACCUGGAGUUUGAAGAAGCAGGAGAUAAUGACCUUAUUAAGCACCAAAGCUGAAUACGUGUCUGUUACCUCAGAGGCAGGCCAAGGAGCUUGGAUACGCAGGCUAUUGGAAGACUUGGGAGUUCAUUAA